AUGUCUUCCUCAACGGCACCCUUGCUGGCACCAUACACAACCCCGCCACCAUAUCAGGCCCUACAGCUCAUAACAUCCGUACUUGGGUCUACGAGCAAUUGGCUGGUUCUAAGGUGCCUCUGUGAUGCACUACAGAUACCAUCCCUAAGAAGGGGCAAUAUCGACGGCCUAGAAGACACGGCUGACUUCGAAGGAGACGACUCCACGAAGAGAUCUAAAAAGCUGAAAGUUGUGCUUGUCAGCUUUCUACGAGGGUGGGAAUUCUGGAGGGCAGAGGCACGGAGAGCGGGUCUCGAUUUGAACAAAUUAUCCAAGGAAGGAAAAUUCUCGUUCGUCGAUGGAGUAACCUACCUGUUCUCCCCCUCCCCUACUCAGAUACCGCAGUCUGCGGUGCCAGGGGGAGCUCUGGCUUCCCCCACUCGUGCCCGAAAGAGCUCAAUAUCAUCACCUUCUUUCCCAUUGCCUGAUAGAACUCCUCCAAGGGCACCACAGAAUGCCCGUGGUCCCAAGCCUGGCCCUAUAUCGUUUUCAGGACGGGCGAACCCAUUACUCGCCCGCCCAGCACCCCCAACACCACCUAUUUCCGCUGCUCCUACGGCAUUUGCUACACCGCCUACCUCUGCUAUAAAUGACAGUAACCAUAUCCAGAAUAUAAGGAUGCUCCGCUGGGCGCCUUCGCCAGGAAAUCCUGGUGGCUUGGACGGGGUGGAGAAGACUAUUUCCUCUGCCAUAGCAGACAUCUGUAAAGGGCAGGAAAAUGAUGUGCUCCUCGUCCUUGACCAGCCAGAUUUCCUUCUUGCCGCCACAGGUUCAAGCAUGCAGGUUGCUUCCGCCGAGAUGGGCGAAUUGAUUAUGGGAUUGAGACGUCUUGUUCAUUCUACGAUUAUCACUGUGGCAGCUGAUUCGCCGCUGAUGCACAGUAGUCAACAACCCACACCACUAGAAAUAGAGCAUUCAGCAUUAGUAGUGUCACUUGCUCAUCAAGCACAAAUGGUUAUGCAGCUGAGAGGGCUUGACACUGGCGUGGCAAGAGACGUGAGUGGUGUGUUACGGGUGAGCAAGGGAGGAGCGUUAGCAGAUACAGAUACUCUUAAGAACGAGGAGAAUGGCGAUACUUGGGAGGAGAAGGAGGUCCUAUACUUUGUCCAGAGUGACGGGUCUGUGAAAGUAUUUGGGCGUGGUGAAUAA